AUGACUACUCCUAAUAAAGAUCCCAUUGAGGACCUCGAGCUCAAGACCAAGACAACUGUGACCUUCAGUUCCAGUCCAGUCACCCCACCAGACAGCCCCGGGAAGCUGCAGAGCAAAGAAUCUGACUAUGGCUUAAGGAAUGGGAGUACCCCUGAGGGGGGGAGCAGUGGCCCUGACCCAAGCCCUUUCCAGAAGGUCAAGGGACUGACAUGGUUCCAAGCUUUGAUUCACCUGUUGAAAGGAAAUAUUGGCACAGGUCUUCUGGGACUUCCCCUGGCGGUGAAGAAUGCAGGGCUCUUGAUUGGUCCUGUUAGUCUGUUGCUGUUGGGCAUUGUGGCUGUGCACUGUAUGGGCAUCCUGGUGAGAUGUGCUCAUCACUUGUGCCACAGGUUACAGAAGCCAUUUUUGGACUAUGGAGAAGCAGUGAUGUAUGGACUAAAGGCCAGUCCCAGCCCUUGGCUCCAGAAUCAUGCCAUAUGGGGAAGGCAUCUUGUAGGUUUUUUCCUGAUUCUCACUCAGUUGGGAUUCUGCUGUGUAUAUGUUGUUUUUCUGGCUGAUAAUAUAAAACAGGUGAUAGAAGCAGCCAAUGCAACUACUACCAACUGCUAUAGCAAUGAGACUGUGACCUUGACACAUACCAUGGACUCACGAUUCUACAUGCUCAGCCUCUUGCCGUUCUUAGUGCUGCUGGUGUUUGUCCGGAACCUCAGAAUCCUGUCCAUCUUCUCCAUGUUGGCCAACAUAUGUAUGUUUAUCAGCUUGGUUAUGAUCUACCAAUACACUGUUCAGGAUAUUCCAGAUCCCAAAAACCUACCUCUUUUUGCUGAGUGGAAGACCUUCCCUUUAUUCUUUGGAACAGCUAUUUUUGCAUAUGAGAGCAUUGGUGUGGUUCUUCCCCUCGAAAACAAGAUGAAGAACAAUAAGCAUUUCCCAGCCAUCUUGUAUGGGGGGAUGACCAUGAUUACCAUUCUCUACAUCAGCCUGGCAUCCCUGGGCUACUUGAAGUUUGGAGCAGCUAUUCAAGCCAGCUUAACCCUCAACCUACCCAACUGCUGGUUAUAUCAGUCUGUGAAGGUGCUCUACUCCCUGGGAAUCUUCUUCACCUAUGCCCUGCAAUUCUAUGUCCCAGCCGAGAUCAUCAUCCCAUUUGCUGUCUCCUAUGUGCCAAAGAGCUGGAAUUUGACAGUAGACCUGUCCAUCCGCACAGGCCUGGUCUGUGUGACAAGUGCCUUGGCCAUCCUGAUCCCCAAAUUAGACCUGGUAAUAGCCCUGGUGGGUUCAAUGAGCAGCAGUGCCCUGGCUCUGAUCAUCCCACCUCUCCUGGAGAUAGUCACCUAUUACUCAGAGGGCAUAAGCCCUAUCACCAUUAUUAAGGACAUCCUGAUCAGUGUCCUGGGCAUCAUUGGCUUGGUGGUGGGCACCUAUCAAUCACUCAAUGAGCUAAUCCAGCCACCUGUCUCUCACACCAAUGCCAACUUCACCAGCACCUUUGUACAGUGAUCUACUUCCAAGCGGAACACCUUCCCUGCCUCUCCUCAUCCCUCCACUCCCUGUGGAAGGUGAAUUCCCUGGACUAGGCCAACUGUGCCACAGUAGAAAAAGUACUGGGUCUGGAAAUGGAAGACCUAGGUUAUGUGAUGUGACUAUGGGCAAGUCACUUAGACUCUUCGAACCACAGUUUCUUCACCUGUAAAAUGAAAAUACUGCUUCUCCUUGCAGGAUUGUUGGGAGCCUCGAAUGAGGUAAUGUAUACGAAGCACUUUGUAAAUUGUAAGAUGCUAUAAAAAUAUAGCCUAUCACCACUCCUCUUAGAAUUCUCUUACUUUGGGAGCUCUCCAAAGUAGUUUUCUCUUGGCUUUGCCUCUAACUUUUUGGAAAACAUCAACUAAAGGUUUUCACUAGUUGCCUUUCAUGUAAGGAUGACCUAACAAAGCCGAACAUGUGCUUGCCAUCCAUGAAGAACUGUCUGGAGUUUGACUCCCUUUCUGACUCCUUGUCUCUGGACCUCUACCUUGUUCUUCAAAGACAAACUGACCUGUGACCUGUAAAAUAUUUAUACUCAACCAAGAGUUCUAGACUCUAAAAUGUAGUCGGGUUUUGUAUCCGAAGAGAUGCAGGCUUAAGAAGUGGGCACAUGUGUGUGAGAAAUCACCCUAAAAUCAUGAAGGGAAUUAAGAGAAGGACCUUAAGGAUCAUCAUCCAACCCUCUCCUGCUCCAGGGGAAGAGAAUGAAGCUCAGGGAGGACAAGAAGCUUGCCCCAAACUGCACCACGAGUUUAUGGUUUGACUGAGGCUAAAUGUUGGAACUCUGGCCAAACAGGGCUGAGCUCUUUCCCAUGAGACCACACCACCUUAUGCAUUAGAAUGACAGGACUAAGGGGCAGCUAGGUGGCGCAGUGGAUAGAGCACCAGCCCUGGAGUCAGGAGUACCUGAGUUCAAAUCUGGCCUCAGACACUUAACACUUACUAGGUGUGUGACCUUGGGCAAGUCACUUAACCCCAAUGGCCUCACUAAAAAAAAAAAAGAAUGACAGGACUGAGCGAGAAGGGGUCUUAGAGACUCUCUGGUCUAACACUUUCCUUUUGCAAAAGAGGAAAGUAAAGACAUAGAGAUGCGAAUGGAUUUGCCUUCAUCACAGUUGGAACUGAAACCUAGGAUUCCCAGCCUCCAUCUAGUGCUCUUUUCACUACAUCCCACAUACCUGGGGAAGGAAGAAGAGCUCUCUGCUAUGGCAGAGGACUCUGGAGGAAGAAGACAGAAAUGAUGCUAGAACACCAGAAAGACCUGAGGGCUUAGAGAAAAGUGUUGGACCUUUGGUAGGGUCCCCUCCCCUUAUAUCUCCUGACUAUGGUCGGUCACAGUCUCCAAGUGAAAAUUCUUGUUUUUUUAAAGAUGAACGGGUUAAUCUUACCAAGAAUUAAGAGAGAUCUAGCUCAGGUUAGUGGUUGGUGGGAGGGUUGGAAUAUGAAACAGCUCAUGAUCGCAAAGACCAGAAUUCAACAAGCAUUUAUUAAUUACCUUGUGUGUACAGAGUACUCUGUUAGGCACCAGGGAGGGUUUCAGGUUUAGAUAGGGUAAUGUUCUUGCCCUUCUCCCUUGCAAAGAAGAGCUUUGCCCAUCUCUUUAUUGUAUUAAGUUACCAACAUUAAA